CGAACCUGGGCAUGAAACGCAAAUGAAAUUCAAUAACACAAAUCACAGCAAAAAGGACUAAAAGUGGAACAAAAAAUACAAAAAAGGGAAAGUAACGCGAAUCAUCGCAAUGUAGCAAUCAAAUGAACUGCAAGUGAAAGAAUUGUACGGAUACGAACGCUCUUUUUGGGCAUUCGCAUGUUUCAGUUUGCCACGGAGUUCGAUGAAAUUUGCAUUUGCUAAUAACAACUUUGACGUGUUUUAAAUUAGAAAAGUGAGAAAAAGAAAUUGGAAAACAAAACAAUUUAUCAAAUAUUAAAUUGCCUCUACGUACGUGCGAAGCAACAAAGCGGGCAACAUAUGGCUGGAUUCGACAAUGCAUGCACUUGCCACAUCGAUUUAUUCGCAAAGUUCCGCUUCCAACAACACACCGUCUACAUCUCCAGAGCAAUCGGUUGCAUUCCCCGCAGUGGAAAAUUCCGAAACAUCAGCUAAAGCGGCUACCUCUCACACCCCCAUUGCAUAUGUCAAAUUGCAUGGCAGUGUUACAGCGAAUGAUGGUGCUGAUGACGCUGCGACAUCACCGGAUCGUACACCCAAGAAAUGUGCCACCGUUACAAUGAUGCUUGCUAAGCGUAUCACUCGCAAUGCCUGGUCAGUUGAGGAUGAACAUUUCUUCGAAUCGAAUCACAUGAACGUCUGGCAAACUUUGGAAUAUAUAUCGAGCUUUACGCUCCGCAAACGCUACAACUAUGAGGGCUACAAUGAUAAUAACAAUGGUGUUUUGGCCCUGGCAUCCUCGUGGCGUCGUGAUAGUUUCGUGGAGAAGAAUGUUAAUCCCAAUGGUGAUGAGGCAGCCAACGGAAGUCGCAAAUCUACCGGCGGAGGUCCGUCAUCUGCUGGGAGCGGCAAGUAUGGUGUAUCGUCCGGCAAUGUAAAUGCAUCAUCGCAUCAAAAUCGCCAGUUUGAUAACGGGGGUGAUGGUACGAUCGGUCCUGGGUCCGUGAGUGGUAGUGCCUCGGCCGUUGCUGGUGCAAAUCGCAUACGCGGUCAAAAGCCGUCGGUUAAAAAGAAGCAUGGUAAAAAUUCAAAAGCAAAUCGUGAUGUUUCAAGGACGAAAAGCAAGAGAACAAGUGGUGCACAUCGUAAACGUCUGGAGAGCCAGAAGUUGCUUGCCAAGGAGUUCGAUACGGAAUAUGCUCUAUCACCAUCCGACUAUGUGGAUUUAAUCAAAUGCAUCUUCAAUUCACCCCGGAUCAGUGCAGCUUUAGAACGGCUAAUGGGCACAAAUGUAGUUCGACUAACUGACCGCAAUUACAUGAAGGAGUUGCGAGAACGUAUCGAGGAGGACUAUCGCCAAAAUCUACAGAAACGUAUCAAGGCCAGAGAGCUUAAAGAAGUCGAACGAGAACGAAUUUUAAUUAUUGAAGGCAAAACCAAAGUUAUUCCUGAUGAGUUGGCAGAUGACCCCAUUUUUGUGGUGGACAAAAAAGCCGAUUUGGAAAUAUCAAAGGCCAGAGCAAAGCUUAAAACAAAUCGAGAAAAGAAUUCGGAACGUUUGAAGCUGCAAGGUGCCAAAUGGCAACGUGAACGUAUCCAGCACGAAGAGAAUGAAGCGCAGCGUUUGGAUCAAUUACGCAAUCGUAUACAGGAUCAGGAUAAUUUAGAGCGGCAAUAUACUGAAGAGGAUGCCACCAAGGGAGUCGAUUUGUUGAGGAUUCACGAUGAGGAAUGGUGGCCAUGUGAACAACGUUUGAAAGAGUUCCUGGAACAGGAAAGAGCAAAAAUGAAGGAACGUUCCGAACGUGUACCCACACCAUUUACCUCAGACCCUAAGGAUAUGCAACAGAUUUUGAGAGCAAGAAAACGUUUCCAGGAAACCGAAUUACGUAUACGCAAGCACAUCGAUGAACAAUUGUUGCGGCAGCAGCAAGAGGACCAGGGGCAAUGUGAAAAACUGCCAAAUGCGUAUUCGGAAGUCGAUGAACAAUCUCCAAAACAGGCCAUUUUACAAUCACAAGAGACUGCAGAUGGUACGGAGGUUCAACCAGCUGCAACUGAUGAAACAUCAUUGGUUCCCAAAGCUAUAGCGUCCGAUGAUGCAUCCGAUAUCUCAAGUGGUGAAUCAUUUGAUGAAGGCAGUACCAUCAGUGUGGCAAAACAGCGAUAUGCCAAUAUGUUGAAACACGAACUGGAAGGAGAUGUGGCCGAAGGUUUACUCAUUUCCAAGGAUCAAUACGAUCAUUUACGUUACGAAGAUGAGAAAAUAAUGCAAUUGCGAAAUGCUCGGGAUAUUCGAGAGCUCUAUCAGUUAGCCGAAGAGAUCAUCAUUGGAGAACGCAUUGAAGCUGAUGGGGAUGAUGAUGAGGGACAAGACGGUGGAGAGGGUACUACUGUUGGGGCUUAAGUGUUUCGUUUGAAAUCCAUUAAAUUAUAUAACACUGUUUUCUUUCGACACUUUCGAUUUUUAUUGUGGAAAAUUAUAUUUUUUUCUGUUUGGUUCACAAAUAUAAAUACUCUUAUUUUUGUGUGGAAAAAAAUUGGCA